AUGGCCACCAACAGAAGAAUCAUCUCGCAGGAGAAGACCCAUCUAGAUCAAGAUGAGGUCCAGCAGCAGCCUUCCAUCACAACUCCAGCUGUGCCCCAACAUGUCAUUGUCAAGCUGCUACUCUUCUCGUUUGCUAUGAUUGUCCUUCCGAUCUCAUCAUACUUUUUGACACUCAACAAUCUCUAUUCUGGCAAUUCUACGUAUGCUGGUGCAACCGCUGCAAUCAUUGCAAACUUUGUGUUAAUUGGCUACGUUAUUGUCGCCAUGAGAGAGGAUGCAGGUGAACGAGCAGAGGCUGAAGAGAAAGACAAAAAGUCUCGUUAG